CAUUGAGUCCCAGGGUUCCAGUCUACUCUGAACCGUCGCCGCCGCUGAAUCCGCCCCCGGCUCGCCGCUCCGACGCCCACCAUCUCGUCCACCCGCGACCUAACAGCAGCCGCCACCUCGUCCAUCGCAGCCCCCACCAACCAACCGGCGACCUCGAGCUCGUCCUCUCCAUGUCUUCCUCCCAGCAGAAGCAGUAAUUCCUAAUGCUGGAUAGUAUAAACUCGGAGGCAUUCCUAAUGAGGGAACGAGAAGAGCAAACCGCUUGCGACCGUAUCUUCAGGGAAUUCGUGGCCGGGGUGGCACGGUUCGAGGAGCUCGUGGAUGGUGGGAGGCGAUUCCUGACGAGAUUCCGGCAAGAGCUAGAGUAUUUUCGGAGGCCGCGGAUUCCGAUUGAAUCGGAUGUUAUAGGUGAGAUAGUUAGAUCUAACUGCACCGACAGGAUGAAGUCCUAUCUCGAAUCAGGAUGCAGCCUUCACUGCCAGAGCAUCUCCAACUUGAGCCAGUUAAAUUCAUGCGAGGGAGAGCUCAAAGGUUAUAUACACAAAGUGAAGGCACUGCUUGAAGAACUUCAAUGCCUAGUGGAAGGUGCUUAUGACGCAACACUAACAGCCAAUUUACGUGCUAUGCAUGUUCCAGACGAGAGCACUGCUGACAACAAGAUGAACGACCCAUCCAACUGCAGAGAGGAGAAGGGGGAGCAACCUGCAGAUCACCUCGACAGCGAUUCAUCACUUGUUACAUUGAUGAUCCUCGUCCAUAACAUGCUAAAGCUUGACUACACGAUGCAGGAGAAGAUUGUCGGGUCACUGUCCCUCAAAUCAUCUUCCACGGAGCUUGAUGGUUACUGCCUUAUGUGGGAUCUGAGGCCGUACGUCGAGGGCGACUUGAUGAAUCUUGCGUGGAAAUCAUGCCCGUAGAAACCCUUUGGGCCGUUGGUUGUUGGUAGAUCAUGCCCAGCAACUUCUAGAGCUAGAUAGUCGCGUGUGUAAUUUAUGAUUGUAGCACUGACACUCCAGGAAGAUUUGUAUGGUAGACUGCAAUUUGUUAUGGGGAGUCCUACUCUGAGAUCUGCACAGAUCCUUUUAACAGAGAGAAGAAUAAAGGUCUAUCUGAGUA